UCCUGUAAAUGAAGCUACAUGGUGCAGAAGGAUGUAAUACAAGAACAUUCUGUAAGUCGAAGCAUGUCUGACAGGAAAAGGCAAGCACUAUCUUCUGUAUACCUCUGCUUCUUAAUAUGCCUUGUUACUGGUAUCCUUGAAGAAAGAAUUGCAUGUCCUGAAAACAUCUCUGCAUUACUGGGAAAAAAUGUGUCCUUAAAAUGUGUUCUUGAAGCAAGAAAAGAAACCAAACUGAUUCAAACGCAGUGGAUGAAACAGAACAAUGGAAAACGUUUUAUGGUGGCAAUUCAUAACCAUCAGCAUGGCACAUCAUACAAUAAGUCCAUUCCAAACACCAUGUUAUUGAUUCAAAACAAUCAAUCAUCCACUUUAAUGCUUAGUAAUCUGAAAUUCUCUUUUAGUGGGACAUACUGGUGUGAAUUUGUUACUUUUCCAAGUGGUAUUCUUAGUUCCAAAAUAAACCUUAGCAUAGAAAUUGAAGAGGAAGAACUGCCCCAAACAACAAUUGAGAUUCUAGAAAAUGAAUCAUUGGAGAUUCCUUCUAUGAUGAAUGAAAGCAAAAUUACAGGCUCUAAAUUUUGGGUGAAGUGGAAUGUGAAAGAAAAUGGAAAUGAGAUGACAUUGGCAACAUCUGACAGUGAAGGCAACACCGCACUAUAUGAAGAUCGAAUUCAAUUACAUAACUGGACCUUGUACUUGAACCCAGUGAAAAUCCGAGAUGAUGGAAUGACAUUAAUUUCCUACUUUAAAUCAAAAUAUAAAAAAGUAAAGGGAUCCUUCAGAAUCCGUGUAUUUGGUCUAAAUAAAAGUGUACAUGGAGAUUUCCACAUUCUGAAUGAGACCAGUCUUGUAUGCACUACCUGGAAGGCAUAUCCUAAACCUCAUGUGAUAUGGUACAGAAAUGGUAAACCAUUUCACCCUGAAGAAAAAGGAGUGACUGCACAGCAAGUGUUUAUUGACUCAGAUGGACUGCAGUCUGUCAGAAGUAUACUGAGUCUAACUCAGGCAGCACACAGAGAACAAUGGACAUGCAUGGCUGUGUUCUUUCUGCCUAAAAAUGAAACAAUUCAGGCUUGUUUUGCAAAUAUCUCUCUUCCAGUCUACUUGGGUGACAUUCAGAUGAAUAUCAGUGAAGAUGUUGUGGUCCAUCUGAAUGAAAAUCUGACAGUUCUGUGUAAUGCCAGUGGAUCAAUAAUCCCAGUUUACGCAUGGAUGCAGGAUAACCAAACAGUUUCAAACUCAAGCCUUCUUGUUCUUAAAAAUAUAACACAAAUGGAAGCAGGGAGUUAUUGGUGUGUUGCUUUUUUAUCAGGAACCGAUAUUCUGAAAAAUAAAAGUUUUACGAUCACCCUGGAAAAAGAUAAAGAAUUAACAACUAGCACUCCUUCAAAGAUCACAUGGCAUUUGUCAACAUACAGGACAUCAGAGUACCCAUCUAUUACACACUCUGGUUCAGCAGGACAUCCCAAGAAUACUACACCUGAAUCAACAGCUUAUGGUGGACUAUUUGCUGCAAUGCCCUUUUUCCUGAGAAUGUGGCAUAUAUUAACUUCUCUAUCUGUGUGUACACACCUCUCAGCCACGGCAUCUGGAAUGUUCCUUGACAUCGCAGUGGAAAUUCUGACCACUGAUACAUCCUGUAAAUGGAGUCUGGAAGUGACAGAACUGUUAAACACCAAGUCAGCAUCCAAGGCAACCUCUUCCAAAAACAAUAGUGAGUAUUCACCAGCACAACAGUGGACUUCCAACACCAAGUCAGAAUCCAAGGCAACCUCUUCCAAAAACAAUAGUGAGUAUUCACCAGCACAACAGUGGACUUCCAGAGGAAACAGAGCUGGGAAGAGUACUGUCAGUCUCAGAUAUGAGUUAUCAUCAGUCACUUACCUGUUGUCAGCUAUAUCAAAGGACACAUUUUUGAUCACUAGGGAUGAUUCUUCUACAAGUAUUAAACAUAAUAUACAGGCUGCAGAUGCGAUAACAGGUCAAGAUGGAACAGCCUGGCCAACUAUUGUGACAGUCCUACUUUUAGUCUGUGUUAUCUUGAUUGGCUUUGCAAUCAGACGAUGGCUAGAAUACAAACGUGAAAUCAUUGAUGGACCACCUCCAUUCAAACCACCACCACCUCCACUGAAUUACCACGCCAUGCUAAGCCAUGAUAUAUGUGAGGGGCACAUCAACAGUUAUCCUUAGUUCUUAGAUUUGUAUGCAAGAGACAAACUAUACACUGUGACUUGAUAACUGACUGCGGACAAUAUGUACUUACUCAGCAUUAUCACAAACAACCAUUUGGUAAAAAGCCAGAAUAUGUGACGUAGUUUCUAUAGCAGUACAGCAUGACCAAUGAUAUAAGCAUUAUUUAUAUCAGUUAUUUCUUCUUCUUUGUUUAUCACAAUGGUGCACCAAAGGCAUUUCCAAUUUUUUCAGUCUUGUCAGAAAUUAAAGAGUAUACUUUGAACAACUGUUAAGGGACUGUUGUGGUUAGAAAGUGAAAAAAGAUACUGUUUAACAUAUCUUUAUAUUGUUUAACAUAAUUAUUAUCUCCAGUCUAAGUCUAAUGCUUUUGCAUCACUUAAUGGUUAGUAUUAUUUUGUAGUUUAUUCUGUCUCAAGAAAGGCCUAACACAGUUGCUAUAGUGAUAUAGGUUUUUGACCUGAAAGUUGAUGCUUACGUAAUGCAGUUUGUUUCCCACAGAUUACUGCUCAUUGCCAUUCUUCUUCUUUCUGUCUUACUUUUUGACAAAGAUAUGGAGUAUGGCUGUAUAGUAAGUUCUGGAAGGAAUAUCAGUAGGUAUUUUUAAAUUAUUCCUAUGAAUUUAUCUCUGCAAUCUAAUAAGAGGUUUUGGAGCUAUUUCCAGUUUCAGAUUGCAACAGUAACUACAUAAUUGCUGUUUCAAAAAUAAAGAAAAUUUCCUACUAAUUCUUUCA